UUCAACCUUGAAAGGAGGAUGUCGGCAUCUGAAGGCGGGAAAGACAUCACCCCAGAGCCCAGUCCAGCCAAUGGGGCAGGCCCUGGUCCUGAAUGGGGGCUGUGCCCUGGGCCCCCAGAAUCAGGGGGUGAAAUCAGUGGGGCAUCAGGCCUGGGGACCCCUAAGCGAAGGACUCAGCACAGUAAGCACAAGACGGUGGCAGUGGCCAGUGUUCAGCGGUCACCCCGGGCGCUCUUCUGCCUCACCCUGGCCAACCCUCUGCGGCAGUCUUGCAUCAGCAUCGUGGAGUGGAAGCCUUUCGACAUCCUCAUCCUGCUCACCAUCUUUGCCAACUGCGUGGCCCUGGGGGUCUACAUUCCCUUCCCAGAAGACGACUCCAACACUGCCAACCACAACCUGGAGCAGGUGGAGUACGUAUUUCUGGUGAUUUUCACUGUGGAGACGGUGCUCAAGAUCGUGGCCUAUGGGCUGGUGCUCCAUCCCAGCGCCUACAUCCGCAAUGGCUGGAACCUACUCGAUUUCAUCAUCGUUGUGGUUGGGUUGUUCAGCGUGCUGCUGGAGCAGGGCCCCGGACGGCCUGGAGAUGCUCCGCAUACUGGAGGGAAGCCAGGGGGCUUCGAUGUGAAGGCGUUGCGGGCAUUUCGGGUGUUGAGGCCACUGAGGCUGGUGUCUGGAGUCCCGAGCCUGCACAUAGUGCUCAAUUCCAUCAUGAAGGCGCUGGUACCGCUGCUGCACAUCGCUCUGCUCGUGCUCUUCGUCAUCAUUAUUUAUGCCAUCAUCGGACUCGAGCUGUUCCUCGGACGCAUGCACAAAACGUGCUACUUCCUGGGAUCUGAGAUGGAAGCGGAGGAGGACCCGUCGCCCUGUGCGUCUUCAGGCUCUGGAGGCUCCGGGCGUGUGUGCACACUGAACCAGACCGAGUGCCGCGGGCGCUGGGCAGGGCCCAAUGGAGGCAUCACUAACUUCGACAACUUCUUCUUCGCCAUGCUGACGGUCUUCCAGUGUGUCACCAUGGAAGGAUGGACGGAUGUGCUCUACUGGAUGCAGGAUGCCAUGGGGUAUGAGCUGCCCUGGGUGUAUUUCGUGAGUCUCGUCAUCUUUGGGUCCUUCUUCGUCCUCAACCUUGUACUUGGCGUCCUGAGUGGGGAGUUCUCCAAGGAGAGGGAGAAGGCAAAAGCACGAGGGGACUUUCAGAAGCUGAGGGAGAAGCAGCAGUUGGAGGAGGACCUGAGGGGCUACCUGGACUGGAUCAUGCAGGCAGAGGAGCCGGACAUGGAAGACCCCUCAGCUGAUGGAAACUUUGGUUCUGUGGCUGAAGAGGGCAGGGCUGGCCACCGACCACAACUGGCAGAGCUGACCAAUAGGAGACAUGGCCGUCUGCACUGGUUCAGUCACUCCACCCGAUCCACACACUCCACCAGCAGCCAUGCCAGCCUGCCAGCCAGUGACACUGGUUCCAUGGCAGAGACUCCGGGUGAUGAGGAAGAGGAGGAGGGGCCUCUGGCCAGUUGUACACGCUGCCUAAACAAGAUCAUGAAAACCAGGGUCUGCCGCCGCCUCCGUCGAAUCAACCAGGGUCUCCGGGCAUGCUGCCGGCGAGCUGUGAAGUCCAAUGCCUGCUACUGGGCUGUGCUGCUGCUUGUCUUCCUCAACACGCUCACCAUCGCUUCAGAGCACCACGGGCAGCCCAUGUGGCUCACCCAGACCCAGGAGUAUGCCAACAAAGUGUUGCUCUGUCUGUUCACGGUGGAGAUGCUUCUCAAGUUGUAUGGUCUGGGCCCCUCCACCUACGUUUCCUCCUUCUUCAACCGCUUUGACUGCUUUGUGGUCUGUGGGGGCAUCCUGGAGACCACACUGGUGGAGGUGGGUGCCAUGCAGUCCCUGGGCAUCUCAGUGCUCCGAUGUGUGCGCCUCCUCAGGAUCUUUAAAGUCACCAGGCACUGGGCAUCUCUAAGCAAUUUGGUGGCAUCCCUGCUCAAUUCAAUGAAAUCCAUUGCAUCCUUGCUGCUUCUCCUCUUCCUCUUUAUCAUCAUCUUCUCCCUGCUUGGCAUGCAGCUGUUUGGGGGCAAGUUCAACUUUGACCAGACACACACCAAGCGAAGCACCUUCGACACCUUCCCCCAGGCCCUCCUCACUGUCUUUCAGAUCCUGACGGGUGAGGACUGGAAUGUGGUCAUGUAUGAUGGUAUCAUGGCUUAUGGCGGCCCCUUCUUCCCAGGGAUGCUGGUGUGCAUCUAUUUCAUCAUUCUCUUCAUCUGCGGCAACUACAUCCUGUUGAAUGUGUUUCUUGCCAUUGCUGUGGACAACCUAGCCAGCGGAGAUACAGGCACUGCCAAGAACAAGGGCAGGGAGAAGAGCACUGAAGGGAAACACCCACAGGAGAAUGGAGCGUUAGUGCCUGGUGAGGAGAAUGAGAAAGAGGAGGGUGCAAAGAAUGAAGGAGCAGGAUGGCAGUGUUCAUUCCAACACACAUUUACUCAGCUCUUACUGUGUCCCAGACACUGUUCUAAGUGCUUUACAUACAUUUUCUCAAUUAAUUCCCUCUCUUCUGAUCUUGUGGUGCCAGGCACGGAGGAAGAGGAGGAGGAGGAAGAAGAAGAGGAGGAAGAAGAGGGUGCAGGACGUGUGGAACUCCUACAGGAAGUUGUUCCCAAGGAGAAGGUGGUGCCCAUCCCUGAGGGCAGUGCCUUCUUCUGCCUCAGCCAAACCAACCCAAUGAGGAAGGCUUGCCACACCCUCAUCCACCAUCAUGUCUUCACCAAUCUUAUCCUGGUAUUCAUCAUCCUCAGCAGUGUGUCCUUGGCCGCUGAGGACCCCAUCCGAGUCCACUCCUUCCGCAACCACAUUCUGGGGUACUUUGAUUAUGCCUUCACCUCCAUUUUCACUGUGGAGAUUCUACUAAAGAUGACGGUGUUCGGGGCCUUCCUGCACCGAGGCUCCUUCUGCCGUAGUUGGUUCAAUCUGUUGGAUCUGCUGGUGGUCAGUGUGUCCCUCAUCUCUUUUGGCAUCCACUCCAGUGCAAUAUCGGUAGUAAAGAUUCUGCGAGUACUCCGAGUACUUCGGCCCCUUAGAGCCAUCAACCGAGCCAAGGGACUCAAGCACGUGGUGCAGUGUGUGUUCGUGGCCAUCCGGACCAUCGGGAAUAUCAUGAUUGUAACCACACUUCUGCAAUUCAUGUUUGCCUGCAUUGGUGUGCAGCUCUUCAAGGGGAAAUUCUACAGUUGCACUGAUGAGGCCAAACACACCCCCAAAGAAUGCAAGGGCUCCUUCCUGGUCUAUCCUGAUGGAGAUGUGUCACGGCCCCUGGUCCGGGAGCGGCUCUGGGUCAACAGUGAUUUCAACUUUGACAAUGUCCUUUCAGCCAUGAUGGCUCUGUUCACUGUCUCCACCUUCGAAGGCUGGCCUGCGUUGCUAUACAAGGCCAUUGAUGCACAUGCAGAGGACCAGGGACCCAUCUAUAAUUACCAUGUGGAGAUUUCAGUGUUCUUUAUUGUCUAUAUCAUCAUCAUCGCAUUCUUCAUGAUGAACAUCUUUGUGGGCUUUGUCAUUAUCACCUUCCGUGCCCAAGGGGAGCAGGAAUACCAAAACUGUGAGCUGGACAAGAACCAGCGCCAGUGCGUGGAGUACGCCCUCAAGGCCCAGCCACUCCGCCGCUACAUUCCCAAGAACCCGCAUCAGUAUCGUGUGUGGGCCACUGUGAACUCUGCUGCCUUUGAGUACCUCAUGUUUCUGCUCAUCCUGCUCAACACGGUUGCUCUAGCCAUGCAGCACUAUGAGCAGACUGCUCCCUUCAACUAUGCCAUGGACAUCCUCAACAUGGUCUUCACUGGCCUCUUUACUGUUGAGAUGGUGCUCAAAAUCAUCGCCUUCAAACCUAAGCAUUACUUUGCCGACGCCUGGAACACAUUUGAUGCUCUUAUUGUGGUGGGCAGCGUAGUGGACAUUGCUGUCACUGAAGUCAGCAAUGGUGGCCAUCUUGGCGAGAGCUCUGAGGACAGUUCCCGCAUUUCCAUCACUUUCUUUCGCCUCUUCCGAGUCAUGCGACUGGUCAAGCUUCUCAGUAAGGGUGAAGGGAUCCGCACAUUGCUCUGGACAUUCAUCAAGUCCUUCCAGGCCUUGCCCUAUGUUGCUCUUCUCAUCGCAAUGAUAUUCUUCAUUUAUGCAGUCAUUGGGAUGCAGAUGUUCGGCAAGGUGGCCCUUCAAGAUGGCACACAGAUCAACCGAAACAACAACUUUCAGACUUUUCCACAGGCUGUACUGCUUCUGUUCAGGUGUGCCACUGGUGAGGCAUGGCAGGAGAUAAUGCUUGCCACCCUUCCUGGGAAUCGAUGUGACCCUGAGUCUGACUUUGGCCCUGGCGAGGAGUUUACCUGUGGUAGCAAUUUUGCCAUCGCCUAUUUUAUUAGCUUCUUCAUGCUCUGUGCCUUCCUGAUUAUAAAUCUCUUUGUGGCUGUGAUCAUGGACAACUUUGAUUACUUAACCAGAGAUUGGUCCAUCCUGGGGCCCCAUCACCUCGAUGAAUUCAAGAGGAUCUGGUCUGAAUAUGACCCUGGGGCCAAGGGCCGAAUCAAGCACCUGGAUGUGGUUGCCCUGCUGAGACGCAUCCAGCCACCACUGGGAUUUGGGAAGCUGUGCCCACACCGAGUGGCCUGCAAGAGACUUGUGGCGAUGAACAUGCCUCUCAACUCAGAUGGGACAGUGACAUUCAAUGCCACACUCUUUGCCCUGGUUCGGACAUCCCUGAAGAUCAAGACAGAAGGGAACCUGGAGCAAGCCAAUCAGGAGCUUCGGAUUGUCAUCAAAAAGAUCUGGAAGCGGAUGAAGCAGAAGCUGCUAGAUGAAGUCAUCCCCCCUGCUGAUGAGGAAGAGGUCACCGUGGGCAAAUUCUAUGCCACAUUUCUGAUCCAGGACUAUUUCCGCAAAUUCCGGCGAAGGAAAGAAAAGGGGCUACUAGGGACCGAGGCCUCCCCAAGCACCUUCUCUGUCCUUCAGGCUGGUCUGAGGAGCUUACAGGACUUGGUUCCUGAGAUCCGACAGGCCCUCACCUGUGACAUAGAUGAAGAGGAGGAGGAAGAGGGGCAGGGCAGAGAGGAAGAGGAAGAUGAGAAGGACCCAGAAACAUACCAAGCUCCAAUGGGCUCCCAGCCCCCAUCCCGUAGGAGCUCCCUGAUUUCUGUGUCUCUGCCAACUGGAGACAAACUGCCAGAUUCACUCUCCCUGGGGCCCAGUGAUGAUGAUGCAGGGGCUCCCAACUCCAGACAGUCCAGUGUGCCCCAGGCUGGAUCCUAUGCUCACAGGAGAAGUUCUGGGGCUCUCAUUUUCACCAUUCCGGAAGAAGGAAGUUUUCAGCCCAAGCCCAAGGGAACUGAAGGGCAAGAGAAACAGUAUGAGGAAGAGGAAGUCCCGGGCCAGUAUUCUGGCCACAACAAGGGCUCCUACAUACAUGAGCAGGCCGCGACUCCCUCUUGCCCCAUCCUUUUGCCACCUCACAGGCCCCAAAGAUACAUGGAUGGGCACUACAUACCACGCCGCCGUCUGCUGCCCCCAACACCUGCAGGUCGGAAGCCCUCCUUCACCAUCCAGUGUCUGCGGCGCCAGGGAAGUUGUGACGAUUUACCCAUCCCAGGCACCUAUCAUCGUGGGCGAAACUCAGGGCCCAGCAGGGCACAGGGUUCCUGGGCAACCCCUCCUCAGAGGGGUCGGCUCCUGUAUGCCCCACUGUUCUUGGUGGAGGAGGGUGCAGCAGGGGAGAGAUACUUCAGCAAAUCCAGCGGUCCACUUUGCACCUUCACCUGUCUGCAAGUGCCUGGAACCCACUCAGACCCCAGUCAUGGCAAGAGGGGCAGUGCUGACAGCCUGGUGGAGGCUGUGCUCAUCUCUGAGGGCCUGGACCUCUUUGCCCGAGACCCGCGCUUUGUGGCCCUGGCCAAGCAGGAGAUCGCGGAUGCAUGUCGCCUGACACUGGACGAGAUGGACAGUGCUGCCAGUGACCUGCUGGCACAGAGAACCAGCUCACUUUAUAGUGAUGAGGAAUCCAUCCUCUCCCGCUUCGAUGAAGAGGACCUGGGAGAUGAGAUGGCUUGUGUCCAUGCCCUCUAAAUUCCCACCCCUACCCCACUGCUCAAUAAACCUCCUGCCUCUCUUCCCCAGAGGGAGACAGGCGUAGACCACACUCUUGGAGUUUGAUGUUUUUGCACUCGGAGCCUAGGGCUGCCUGAAAGCCCCCAUCCAUCCAUCCAUCCAUCCAUCCAUCCUGGUUCAGUGCUGAGCCACUGCCCACACAUGGGUAUUUCCGGAAACCAGGACAGCCAGGUCUGAUUACUCAGCGUCAGUGAAGGAGGGAGGAGGAGGAGGAAGAGA